GCCGAGAGACCGCCAGCAGUCACCGUCCUUGGACCCAGCGCACCCGCACCAUGGCCGGCCCCAGCCUCGCCUGCUGUCUGCUCGGCCUCCUGGCGCUCACCUCCGCCUGCUACAUCCAGAACUGCCCCCCGGGAGGCAAGAGGGCCGCGCUGGACCUCGACGUGCGCAAGUGCCUCCCCUGCGGCCCCGGCGGCAAAGGCCGCUGCUUCGGGCCGAAUAUCUGCUGCGCGGAAGAGCUGGGCUGCUUCGUGGGCACGGCCGAGGCGCUGCGCUGCCAGGAGGAGAACUACCUGCCAUCGCCCUGCCAGUCCGGCCACAAGGCCUGCGGGAGCGAGGGCCGCUGCGCGGUGUUCGGCCUCUGCUGCAGCCCAGACGGCUGCCACGCUGACCCUGCCUGCGAUAUGGAAGCCACCUUCUCCCAGCACUGAACCCUGAAGGCUCCCAACGCCUUUGAAGCGCGCCACUGGCUUCCCCCAUAGCCACCCCAGACACAUGAAAAUAAAAUAAAGCAGAUUAUUCUCCUCCAA